AAUCAUAUUUAAAGCUUUGUAUAUCAUAGUAAAUUAUAAAAUAACAUUUUAUACUUCAUUUCAGACAAUUUUGAAAGGAUUAGCCCUAAAUUCUACUUAAUAACUACGAAAAUAAAGUUUUCAUAGCAACUGUUUCUAUGACAACAUAACGAUGGCUGUUAAAAACAAAAAGCUUUAUUUGAAACAAAAGGAAAAAAAUAAUGAAGCAAACAGCAAACAAAUUCAGGAAAAUGCAUAUAUUUUUCCCAAUGGAGAUAGGUAUGAAGGACAAUUUUUGUAUACUCAAGAUGGAAAUGUACAGAGGUCUGGUUUUGGAAGAUAUAUUGCAGCUGAAGGCACAGUUUAUCAGGGCAUGUGGAAAGAUGAUGCAAUGAAUGGCAUUGGUCAGCUCAAACAUUCUUCAGGAGAUGUCUAUGAAGGAGAUUUUCUCAAUAAUCAGUUCCAUGGAGAAGGGACAUACACAUGGGCAAAUGGGUCCUUUGUUAAAGGAAACUUUGUUAGAAAUAAAUUGGAUGGUAAAGGACAAUUUUGUGAUACAAUGAAACAGUUAUGGGAUGGAGAUUUUCACAAGCAAACAGCAACAGGUUUACGGUUUAAACUAAACAUGAAUUAAGAAAGAGCAAACCAAUAAAUACUAGAAAGGAAAGCAUUGAUAAACAAUUAUGUAACAAUACUAUGCUCAUUUUUUAUUGCUAUGCAUUGAGUUGGAAGUUGAAAUGUAUUAAAAUUAUUUCCUUAUAUUUUAAA